GUCAGCUGGAUCGCGAGGAGGAGGGACGCGUGUCGACGCGUCUCUCAUUUGUGAAAUGAGAAAUGCAUUUCUUUCAAGAAGAAAAUCAUAUUCAUCUGUUUUUCAUCAUGAAUUUAUAUUGAAGAUGUUAUUUUUCCCAAAUUCAUUUAUUCAUUGAAUCCUGCUAUCAGUACCCUCUCUGAUAUACCAGUCAAGUUGAGUUGUGGGUGAAGCAGAGGGCAGGAGAACACUCUGCCCCAUUUCCACCAUCUGCCCACCUGGUCUACAUUCAGCAUUGCAGCCAUGAGCCUCUCCUCGGACGCCCUGUACCGCCUGCAGCGGGCACGCUCCAGCUGGGCCAGCGCGACGGCCGGCUGGGCUGAGCAGCGCGCCGUCGGCUCGUCCGCAGUAUCCCGAGUGUGCUCGACUCGCGGCGCCGCCCUGGAGCGCGCCCAGCGCCCGUGGGAGACGGAGGGAGCUCCCGAUGACGACGGCUACCCCACGUCUCUAGCCGAGCCGUGCCGUCGGCUGGCCGCCGCCGCCGACGGGCUGCACGAGCAGCUGGGGCGGCUACAGGCCGCCACUGACACCCUGACCGCCCUCGGACGACUGGAGGAGGCGAGGGCCGGUCGGGGCGACUCCGCCGCCGGCGCCGCCCCCGCCGUCACCACCUGGGACGCGUCCCGCUGCGCGGCGGCCGCCUCCCGUCUUUUACCGCUCUACACCAAGGAAACGGAGGUGAAACGAACUGUCGCCUCGUGGCUGGCGCACGCCGACUCUGCGGCCGCCCUGACGGCGCUGCGGGCCGCCUGGAUGCACGACGCGUACCUGACCGAGGAGACGCUCGCCCUGCAGCAGUGUCUCGGUGGCGAGGUGGCGCUGGACGCCGGAGGGGGCGUCACGCCACAGAGGGCGUCACCGGCGGCGACGGCGUCACCGGCGCUGCGCCAGCGGCGGCCCUGAUGGCGGUAAUAAGACGUGGAACGGACUGACUGUGGUGGCACUGUGAGGGCAAAUGAGAUGGUCUGGAUGGCUGAUGGACAUUAGCGAACGUGAAAUAUGCGGGAAGUCAGAUGGUGGGCCCUUGAGUUGUAACUGAGUCCAUUCGAGAUUUUUUUGCGAAUAAGUGACACGCAUUACGUUCAUUUGUAAUGAAACUCAGCGCAAUAGCUGUUGUUUGUUUUCGUUGUUUUGCCUGUUUUUAAAAGACGCGACAGUUCUGCUUACAAGCGACCAUCGAAAAUUGUCGAUUGAAAUUCGUAGUAAUCAGCAUUGCUGUGACAGAGACUCGUACUAUUGUCGUUGUCGAUGCGAGUCACGGCGAUGUUGCAUUGCACACUUUUUGGGAGGGAGGCUUUAGUUCUGUUUUAGACUCCGGUGUCAUUGUUUGUCGUUGUGGUGUGCAUAAUCCAUAUGUUCAGCAGAUGGUAUGCAGUGACUGAAAAUAAAGCCGAACUUUUUA